AACCAAUCGUGAGUGAGCAAUAGUAGGCAUGUUGUCUACUUUCUUUCUUUCUUCUCUCUUCUUCUGAGUGAUAGUCAGAGUUCCACAUAUUCUCUCUCUACUUCCUCUCUCUAGCUUGAUAGGGAUCUCUUCACUUUUUCCCACAAAAUUACCAAAAUUAUCACAAACAGUUCCUUCUUACUCUGAACCCAGUCCAUUUCCAUUUCCAUGUGCUAGGGUUUUCACUUUUCAGUUUCCCUCACGCAAACUCAACUCAAUUCAAAUUCAACUCAUGUUACCUAAUUAUUCAUGAUUAUUGACUAUUAUUGAUUGAUUCUCUCUCUUCUAUUCGAUUCGAUUUUUUUAUUUGUUUUUAUUUAUGGAACAAUCGAAGCCGGAAACACCGGCAACUACAACAGAGACAGUUCCGGCGACAGUUCCGGCGACCGUUACGGUGACUGCGGCGGAGACGAAUCAAGUUGAAGUUCCGACGAAGGCAGUUUCCGAUGUGAACAUGACGGAGAGAGACGGCGGUUGUUGUACUGCGCCGAAAGUAGUUCUCGCUGUCAUCGCCGAGAACAGUGAAGUUAUGAAGAAGAAGCGUGGUCGUCCGGCGAAAGGAACUCCGAAAGUAGCUCCUCCGCCGAAGCAGAUCAAGAAGGAAGAUGAAGAUGUUUGCUUCAUUUGCUUCGACGGUGGAAGUCUCGUUCUCUGCGAUCGCCGGGGUUGUCCUAAAGCGUAUCAUCCGGCAUGUGUUAAGCGAGAUGAAGCGUUCUUCCGUUCAAAAGCCAAAUGGAAUUGCGGUUGGCAUAUAUGUAGCUCUUGUCAGAAAGCAUCCCAUUAUAUGUGCUAUACAUGUACGUAUUCUUUGUGCAAGGGGUGUAUAAAAAAUGCGGAUUUUGUUUCUGUUAGAGGAAAUAAAGGUUUGUGUGGAAUUUGCAAGAAAACUAUAAUGCUGAUUGAGAAUAGUGCCCAUGGAAAUAAGGAAAUGUGUGAAGUGGAUUUCGAUGACAAGAGCAGCUGGGAGUAUCUUUUCAAGGUGUAUUGGACAUUAUUGAAAGAGAAUCUAUCUUUAACGUUUGAUGAGCUCCUUCAAGCUAAAAACCCAUUGAGCGCUGCUGCUCCUAUGGUUCAAACUUCCCACAAACUUUACCAUCUUAAAAAUGAAAAAGGUUCUGGUUUUGAGAACUCCUGUGUAGAUAUAGAAUCAAAUAAUUUGAAAAACAAGAAGCCUAAGGGACCUUCAGGCGGUGACACGGGUAUGUCUUUGCCUGAGUGCAAGAGAUGGGCAUCAAAGGAGCUUCUAGAGUUUGUCUCACAUAUGAAAAAUGGUGAUACGUCUAUACUUUCUCAAUUUGAUGUCCAGAAUCUCUUGCUGGAGUAUGUAAAGAAAAACAAUCUGCGUGACCCUCAACAGAAAUCUCUAAUUGUUUGCGACUCUAGACUAGUAAAUUUGUUUGGAAAAGCUCGUCUUGGUUACAUUGAAAUGCUAAUGCUCCUUGAACCCCACUUUCUUAUAAAAGAAAAUACCCCUGCAGAAAAUAAUUUUGGCGCAGGAAUUAGUGAUGCUGUUGCAAAUGGAAAGGAGGCCAUUGACAGUAACAAUAGACAGUCAGUAUUAGUCAAUGAUAAGAGAUGCACAAGUAAAAAGGCUGACAUGCCUGUGCCACAAAAUAAUCAAGAUGCAUACGCAUCAAUAAAUGCUCACAACAUUAACUUGAUCUACUUGCGGCGAAGUCUGAUGGAGAGUCUGACUGAUGAUAGUGAAAGUAUUCACGAGAAGGUUGUUGGUUCUUUUGUGCGGAUAAGAAUCUCUAGUGGUGAUCAGAAACAAGAUAUGUAUAGACUUGUCCAAGUUGUAGUUUUGGUAACUAAUUGUGCAGGUACAAGCAAGGUUGCUGAACCUUACAAAAUUGGCACAAGAACGACUGACAUUAAGCUUGAAAUUUUAAAUUUAAACCGGAAGGAGGUCAUAUCGAUAGACGAGAUUUCGAAUCAGGAGUUCUCCGAGGAUGAAUGCAAGCGAUUGCGUCAGAGUAUAAAGUAUGGGCUUUCAAAGAGAUUGACUGUGGGAGAGAUUCUGAACAAAGCGCUGACAUUUCAAGAAAUUAGAGUCAAUGAUUUAUUGGAAGCUGAGAAAUUGCGGCUUAAUAAUCUUCGGGAUAGAGCAAGCGAGAAGGGACACAGAAAAGAGCUUAAAGAAUGCGUGGAGAAGUUGCAGCUACUAAAUUCCCCAGUGGAACGUCAGCGCAGACUGCAUGAAGUUCCAGAUGUACACUCUGACCCCAAUUUGGAUUCAUUGUAUGAGUCUGAUGAAGAUGCUGGAGAGUCAGAUGGCAAUCAACAAGAUGGCAAUAUACCUAUUUUCUCCAGAAUUUGGGAUGGUGUCUUGAAUGGUAUUGGGGGAAGAACACGGGACUUGACCACUGCCAGUGACCCAAUUGAGAAUACAUGCUUACUAAAGAAGCAUAUCAACCCAAACGAAACUCCUAUUGAUGAUAGUGCUGAUGUUGUUACGAAAUCAGAAGUGUCUAGUGUUGCAGUGGACAUUUCUUCUCCACUUAUCUCUACAGGGAGUGCGCAGCCAUUUGAUGAUUUUAUGAAUGAUAGAUCAUGGCAUUAUCAGGAUCCAUCUGGGAAGGUUCAAGGACCUUUUUCUAUGUUGCAGCUGUAUAAGUGGAAUGCAAGUGGACAUUUCCCUCCAGAUCUCAAAGUAUGGAGGGUAGAUGAGAAACAAGCAAACUCUAUAUUGUUAACUGAUGCACUUAAUGGGAAGUGCUCCAAAAAUGUGCCAUUGCGGAACAACAGCCUAUUGCUCUCUUUAGGAGCCAAUGUUGCAUUGGAUGACAAAGAAAGCAGUCAGGAUGGUGGGAGGAAUUCAACAACGAAUGAAAUUUCUGCAGAUAGCCGAAUCAUAGAACAGAUCAGAGAACAAAAAGUGGAUGAUAUUUCGACCCAGUCUAAUGGUAAAGAUGAAUCCGUUAGGAGCAAUGGAUGGCAUGACCAGUCACAUGUACACCCUUCUAUACAACCAACUGCCUUUUCUGAGAAUUUGAAUGAGAAUCACACCAACAAAUUAAGGGAGGAUCAUGGGAUUGAAAAAAACUCUGAAGAUAAUGGAAAUCAUGACUCAAACAGGACUUCUGGUGGUCAGAGUAAUAGUGGUCAGAAUCAUCAGAAGCAAUCAGAUAGUGAAGACAACUCAGGGCAAUCUUCGGCACAAAGCUGGAGAAACCAUAAUGUAAAUACUUCUUCCAAUUGCUUGGAUACCACAUCGGCUCAUGUUUCUGAGACAAGAACAUCACCACUUAAGCUGGGAUUUGAUUUGCACCAACCCCCUUCCCAUCCAGCAUGCAAUGCAACUACAUGGCAGGCUAUUAUAGGUGAACCAGAUGAUUUUGAUGAAUCAGUUUCAGAUCUUUUGGCAGAAGUGGAGGCAAUGGAAUCGCUUGGUGGCUUGGAAUCUCCCACUUCAAUCAUGAAACGUAGUGAGGAAUUGACUGAUGGUUCUAAAAAUCUUUGUCUCAGUUUUGCAGAGCUUAGUCCAAUGCUUGAUGCAGGUAAAAGCGAUGCAUUGAGCUCGACAUGUGAUUUACAGUUACUAUCUCAAUCUACAGCAGCAGAGGAACCGUUACAACAAGCAGAUGUCAAUCAUCAUCAUCAAAGAAUAUCAGAGGAGCUUUCCUCGAGAAAUUCUAAAGUUGACGUGGGUUCAAAGAACAUAUGUGUUUCAACUAACCAGUGGGAGUCAGGCUCCGAAAAUUCUUCUAUUUUUCCAGCCACUGCAACAUUGGGCAUGACUGUAGACACCACUUGGAGACUUGGAUUGGAAAGUACACACCUGGAAUGGGGAGGAAUGGAUCAACGAAAUGCAAACACGAGUUGGGGAGUAGGAAAUACGGCAGUGAAUGAGAACAGAAGCUCAAAUUCAUGCACUUCUGUAGUAACUCCAAGCUUUGGGGAUAGCCAAACAAGAUACGGAAGUGAUCGAUUUUCUGUGCCCAGAGAUCGGGGUUUUCCUGGUCAUGGUAGGGAACCAGGUUUAGUUAGAGGCAGAGCUGCGUGGAACAGGCAACCACUAUUUGGUGUUGGUAAUGGAAUCUCGUAUAGACCUCUGCCCAAAGGGCAGCGAGUUUGUAAAUUUUAUGAAAGUGGGUACUGUAGGAAAGGGGCAUCCUGUGAAUACUUCCACCCAUGAUUUUGGAUCCCAUUAGCAUUGGUUGCAUUUGAUUUUUGUAAUCCGCAACAUAUCUGUAGUUGGCUCUUUCCAAUUAUUGUAAUUUAACCUGGCAGUACUAGUCAAGUGUCAAUUUUUUUAUAUGAACUACUCUAGCAUAGUUUACCUGUUUUAUGUGAUUGCUCAUUAUCAAUUUGUUUGCUCA